AUGCCGUCAGACCGUCAUAUUCCUGGCAACGCCUCCUAUUUGUCGGGGGAACUCUUGCUUGUGGAAGUGCCAAAGAUAAAAUACGGUUCCGGCUUGCCUUUCCUACGACACCGUGCAAAAACUGCAUUGGAGUGGCUUCGGCAUGGGCUGCGCAGUCUGCGACGGAGGUGCGAUCGGCGUGCCGUCUCUCGCUCUCGUCCUCGCUCAAGUGCUGGGCGGUGGUUCCGGUGGGAUUUCUGGCGGCUCCGACUCACCGCGAAAGCCAAAUUCCCGCAGCGCCUGGGAGCGCGUAGUGCCAUGGGCGUUAGCCAUGUGCGUCACGACACUAGUGCGGCAGCUGCAGUGCUUGCCGCACACCGGGCAGUCUGUCGGGCAUCGGAUCGUGGCGGUGUGGGGUCCAGCAGGAGGAGAUGGCUUUUCCGUGCGAGGUUCUUUGCGUGCCUGCUGUGCGGCAUCCGCGCCGCGCCAACGGCAUGUGCGUGGGAUGGCGGGUUGCAAUGGUCGCAGCAGCCAUCCGUAUUCGUGAGAAACACCGGUGCGGGAGCGGGCCGGUGCAGUCUCCUCCCUGCGAGUGACAGUGGAUCCCGUGCGCGUGGGUUCCCAGUCGCCUGCUGCACUGGAGCGGUGAGCUCCUGGCCUGAGCUGUCGGACGCCAAUAAUACGUCCGGGCAAUGCGACGAUGCCGGUGCUCCAUGCGUCUGUGAGCUGUGCGAUGUCGGACGCCUCCUUGGCUUAUGCAUCACAUGCUUAUUUCCUGGGGCACGCCGCAGUGGCCAAGGACAAACCGCAUCCGUGUGCGCGCUCCUCGGUGCUGCUGGCAAGAAAAAAGGGUACGCCAACAAUGUGAGUCACCAGGUGAUCCAGAACCGUCGACGUGUGCUCGCGUGCUUCCACGGUUCGACGAGAAGGUGCAGACACGCACGCUGCCGUGGAAAGAGUCUCGGUGAAUAUCGUACUCUCCAUGCUAAUACCACACCCCUCUGUGUCUGCUGUGGUGCAUGGCUUUGCAAAGCCGGAGGGAAAUAUUUAAAAAAGAAGAAUUCCUCGUGUAGGCAUCCCCGUACCAGCGUGGCCAAUCCGCCACAAUAUCCCUUGCCUGUGGAAUGCGGUGUGCCAAUUAAAUCAAAGGCCGCGCCGUGA